AUGGAGCAAAUUCUGAAAGGAUUGCAUGAGGUUGUGCCAAGCAAUCUGCUUCGGAUAUUUGAUGCGAACGAGAUGGAGUUGCUCAUGUGUGGAUUGCAAAAGAUCGAUGUCAAAGACUGGAAGGCUCACACUGUCUACAAGGGCGGGUACGGACCGAGCAGUCAAGUCAUACACAAUUUCUGGAAAUGUAUUCUUUCGUUCGAUAACGAAAUGCGAGCUCGUGUGCUGCUGCAGUUGGGCGUAGUUCAGGAACGCUCACUCGUACCGAUGAAUGGAUUCCGAGAAAUUAUACAUUUCAAUCGACUCGACCUCCCUCCAUAUCAGACGUUUUCCGAAUUGAAACAAAAAUUAUGCACGGCGAUCGAAAAUUCGGAGAUCUUCAGCGGUGUCGACUGA